AAUCCAUGAGCUUCUCAAUUAAUUUAUCUUGUCUUUGUUGACUUAAUUUUGCAAAUCUUUUCUUAGUUCAAUCCAGUUCCAAAAUCCGAUAUUUCAGUAAAAUCUCCAAGCUUUUGGAUUCGCCAUUAAUGGAGGAUGAGUUUCUUCAGCUCUUUCUCCGUUGAUGACCUUCAGAGCUUCAUUUCAUGGUCCUAGUUUCUGGUUGAUUCCUUAGAUCCAAAGAUAAGAACUUUUUCUUUUCUCUUUGAAAAAAUUUCAGCAAAACCUUCAAUUUUUUGUGUUCUUAUCGAUCCCUUCAUCAAUGGAGGAUGAGUUUCUGCAGCUCUUCCGCCAUUGUUGACCUUCGAAGCUUCCGAUUCCUGGCAUCUAGUUUCAAAAAUCAAAUCUUUCUUCAUUUCUCUUGAAAAUUUUUCAGUAAAAGCUCCUAUCUUUAGUACUUCUCCAUCACUCCAAUCCAUCGAUGUCGCUGAUCUGCGGUAUUCCUCUACUUGAAUGCGUCUACUGCUUGGCUUGCACGCGCUGGGCGUGGAAGCGAUGCCUCCACAGCGCCGGCCACGACAGCGAGACCUGGGGCCUCGCCUCCUCCGACGAAUUUGCUCCUGUGCCUCGCCUCUGCCGCUACAUCCUCGCCAACUACGAAGACGACCUCGAGAACCCACGUUUCCCCCCGCCCGGUGGUUACCGCAUGAAUGCACGCCAGGUGCUCGCUCAAAAGACCUACAAGGAUACCGGUGGCCACGUGCCACCAUACUUAGUCUAUCUCGAUCAUGACCACUCUGACAUUGUUCUUGCUGUUCGUGGCCUCAAUCUCGCCAAAGAGGGUGACUUUGCAGUGCUUCUGGAUAACAGACUUGGAAAGAGGAAGUUUGAUGGUGGGUAUGUUCACAAUGGGCUUCUCAAGGCUGCUGGGUGGGUGCUUGAUAGAGAGUGUGAUUUGAUGAAAGAGUUGCUUGACAAGUAUCCAAAUUAUACAUUAACUUUUGCUGGGCAUUCAUUGGGCUCCGGCGUUGCAGCAAUGCUGGCAAUGCUGGGGGUGCUGAACAGAGGUAAGUUGGGCAUUGAGAAUAAGAAAAGGAUCAAGUGUUAUGCAAUAGCACCGGCACGAUGUAUGUCACUUAAUCUGGCUGUUCGAUAUGCGGAUGUUAUCAAUUCAGUUGUGCUUCAGGAUGAUUUUUUACCUCGGACUGCUACUCCAUUGGAAGACAUAUUCAAAUCACUCUUCUGUUUACCGUGCCUGCUCUGUCUAAGAUGUAUGCGAGACACAUGCAUACCGGAAUAUGUCAAGUUAAGAGAUCCAAGACGGCUUUAUGCACCAGGUCGUCUCUAUCACAUUGUCGAGAGGAAGGUGUGCAGGUGGGGAAGGCAUCCUCCAGUUGUUAGAACAGGAGUUCCAGUCGAUGGGAGGUUCGAGCACAUUGUACUCUCCUGCAAUGCCACUUCUGAUCAUGCGUUAAUUUGGAUAGAAAGAGAAGCUCAGAGAGCAUUCGGGCUGAUGCUUGAGAAGGAGCCGAUCAUGGAGAUCCCUCCAAAGCAGAGGAUGGAGAGGCAGCAAACCCUUGCGAGAGAACACAGUGCUGAGCACAAGGCUGCAUUGCGUCGUGCUGUCACAUUGGCUGUACCAGAUGCAUACUCACCUUCAGAUUAUGGUACAUUUGACGAGAACUUAAGUAGUAGCACAGAGGGAUCUCCAUCAUCAUCAGGGAUGCGGCAUAGGAUGAGUUGGGAUGAGUUAAUUGAGAAGUUGUUCGAGAAGGAUGAGGCCGGCCAUAUGGUACUCCGAAAGGCGGCUUCUUCUGAUGAAUCUUGAUGUAUAAUAUUUGUCCUCCAUACACUACUUUGUUCUAUUCUAUACAUUCAUUCAUGUUUUGUACAAAUCAAGGUUCUGUUGUUGAACUUCUUGUGGAAUGAAUAAGAUUGAAAGUUUGUAUGUUUGAAGACAA